AUGAAUUCAGUGUUAAAUCCUGAAGCCCCCGAAUUUUAUCCACAUCUCACAUCGGUUACAGAGGGAGGCUAUACAACUUUCAAUAAAUCAAUAAAAUCAUCAAACAAGUUUCCUUCGGGGACUGCUUUACAGUUAUUUAAAACAAUUACGGAUUUCAAUUUUGUAACAUGUCAGUUAAGAGAAAGUGUUGUUGUACAAUCAAAUGACAUAAUAAUCACUGAGCUACCAGCAAUAAAACUGAAAUUAAAUGAUAAUCAUUACAAUGCAGAAAAAAUUUCUGAUGCUAAUGAAUGUAUGUUGGACAGAAUAAAUAUAAACAUUGACACCAUAUGCGAAGAGAAUGAGCCAAGUGAGAAUGUUAUUGGCGGCACAAAUGUUGCUUCAUGGAAUAAUACACCAACCAUUACAAAACUAGAGAUGGGUUCAGCAACAUUUAUUGGUGCAAAAAAUAUCCCACGCCCACAGUUCACUUUCAAGGAUCCUGUUGACAACUCCGAAAGUCUUUGGGUGCCAAAAAUAUCAGACAAACCAAACAAUAUUAAGCCAUUAGCUUUAAACAUCCUUUAUAAUGAAGAAGGAGAGGCAGUGGGCUAUGAGCAUCCAUACAAAAUCGAAUUGGAACUGUAUCAUCCUCCGUCGAGUUUUAUCGAUCCCGACCCUGAGCCACCGUCGUUUCCACCACCCUUGGAGAAGACGAAAUUGACCUACAUAGAUACGGAGGCCCAGGUGGAUGCUCUCGUUGAACAUCUGAACAAUGUUAAGGAGUUGGCUGUAGAUGUCGAACACCAUUCUUACAGAACCUACCAAGGCAUUACGUGCCUCAUACAGAUUUCGACUAUCGAAGGCGAUUUUAUUAUUGACGCUUUGGCAGUACGUCAACACAUACACAAGUUGAAUCUGUCGUUCACUGAUCCAAAGAAGGUCAAAGUUUUCCACGGCGCCGAAAUGGAUGUACUGUGGCUGCAGAGGGACUUCGGUGUCUACAUAGUGGGCUUGUUCGACACGCACCAGGCCGCUAAAGCUCUCAAAAUAUCCGGCCUCUCCUUGAAGAGUCUGCUCAUGCGAUACUGCAAAGUAGACGCCGACAAGAGGUACCAGCUGGCGGACUGGCGCAUUAGACCUCUGCCCGACGAGCUCAUCAUGUAUGCACGUAUGGACACCCACUAUCUACUGUACAUCUGGCGCAAGAUGAAGGAGGAACUAUUGGAGGCCAGCGCCGGCCAGCCGCGCCUGCUGCUCUCUGUAUUCGAGCAGAGCCGCCAGAUAUGUGGAGUGACCUACAACAAAGAGGUGGUCCACGAGAACAGCCACCUCAGGCUCUACGUGCGCUCUAAGAAGUCGUUCAAUACACGCCAGAUGGCGGCUCUCAAGCUACUCUACAAGUGGCGCGACUCUCAAGCGAGGGUUUUGGACGAGAGUACCACAUAUCUAAUGCCGAACCACAUGCUCCUGGCGCUCGCCGAAACGCUGCCGCGUGAAAUGCAAGGUGUGAACGCUUGUUGCAGCCCAAUGCCGCCAUUUGUCAAACAGAACAUGAUGAUCAUUCACAGAAUGCUGCUCUCGUGCCGCGAGUUGCCUCUGGAGCCGCAACUCUUUCACAUGCCGCAGAGUAUCAGGAACAUGGUCACUGUAUCACCCCAUCCGCUGAUUUCUUAUGAGGUGCAUGACUUUGCACACUACCCAGAAUUCAGUGAGGAUCAACCAAUUAAUUUGGAUCAAGCCUCGGAGUAUAUUGAAAAUUGCAAUGAGCUCAACCCUGAUAUUGAAGCUUUCAAGCCGACAUCUGACAGUGAGACAAAUAGCACUGUAGUAUCCAAACUAAAUGUCGACGCAAAACUAUUCAUUCCACCAUACGACAGAUACAGGAAGUACCGUUCUCUCGCCCAGCUGGAGGAGAUCAAGGAGUACAAGGAGAAGGAAGCCAAGAUCACCGCCAUCGGCAAGGGCAACGAGCUGAUCAAGAGCGAAGUGCUCGUGAAGCUGCAAGAAGCAAAGGCGCUCGUGGAGGCGGAAGAGAGGAGCGAUGCAGACAAGGCGCCGGAGGACGGCGCCGAGGCAGAACCCGACGAGGGCGGCACGCAGAAGACCGCCCAGCGCAAACGGAAGAUAUCCUCCGACAAGAGGGAGCGCAAGGACUCCGUCGCCGAACCGGCGAAGGGGGGCCAGACUCGUGAACAGAACAAGCCCAAGAACAACACCAACCAGCAGAACAAGAUGAAGAACAAACCCGAGCCGAAGCCAGCCGUCGCCCGCUUCAACUACAAGAACGUGAACUACAGGAAGCUGUUCAACGAAAACGAGAAGGCGCUCAAACAGCCGAAGAUGAAGUUUAAAAAACAUAAA